AUGGGCUCUGGCGGCUCUGGGAAUCAUCCGGUAGAGGUGGUGGGUCGCAUUCGCGAGCAGCCCGAUCCUAAAUCCUGUCCGGCCGCUCUGUCGGCGGUGGGGAAUGGGUCGUGUGUGCGCGUCAAGACGGAUCAGGGCUACCGCGACUUCCUACUCGACGGUGUCUCUUUCUCUGCGCACGAGAAGCUGCCCGCCUUCUACGCCAGGUAUGUCGAGUCGAGAGUGGACGAUGUGCGCUGCGGUGGCCGCUGCACGAUCAUGAUGUAUGGGCCGACGGGCGCGGGAAAGAGUCACACCAUGUUUGGGUCGGCCAAGGAACCCGGUGUUGCCUACCUCGCCCUUCGUCACGUCAUGAGCAAAACCGCUGCUCAGGAGGUUAGCGCCAACGUCCUCGAGAUCUACAACGAAGAUGUGUACGAUCUUCUGGCCGGUGGCAACACUCCGCUCUCAAGCCCUGGCCCAAGAUGUGCUAAGUCCAUCUCUGGACGGCCCAAGCUGGAGGUGCGGGGCAAGAAAGUCAGGAAUGCUACCAGUAUCUCGAGCAUAGAUCCCACCAAGCUUGUCCAGGAAAUCGCUAGAGUUGAGAAACGACGUGUUGUGAAGAGCACCAACAGCAAUGACAGGAGCUCCCGGAGUCACUGCAUGGUCGUGCUGAACAUCCUUGGUGUGGGCGGAAGGCUGGUGCUCGUGGACAUGGCCGGUUCGGAGAACUCCGAGCAAGCUGGAUCAGAGGCAAAGAUGCAGACCGGAAGAAUCAACCAAGGCAACAGUGCUCUCAAGAGAGUUGUGGAGUGUAUUGCAAAUGGAAACCCGUAUAUUCCCUACCGGGACAGCAAGCUUACUAUGCUCUUACAGGACUCAUUUGAGGUCGAUGGAUCGAAGAUAUUGAUGGUUUUGUGCGCCAGUCCAGAUCCAAGAGACGUCUACAAAACGAUAUGCACGCUUGAGUACGGAGCCAAAGCCAAGUGCAUUGUUCGGCUUCCAACUUCUCCCCCUAGAGACGGCAGCAGUCAGAAUAGCAGCGAGGCUGCCCUACAGGCUCGUCUUGAGUUCAAAGACGAGUGCCUGGAGAGGCUGCGUGCGGACUACGAGCAGAAAGUGAAGGAUCACGAGGAGGAGAUGGAGAAGCUGGCAGACAGAGAGAUGGAGCUUUCCAAUCUGAGGACGAAUUUGGAGAGGGUGGAAGCGGAGUGGUCUGGGAAAAUGGCGGAGUUCAGAAAGGAAAUGGGUCGUGCGAUGGAGCUCAAGAGCCAGGAAUUGCGCAUAGCGCUCGAACUUGAGGUGCGAGAGAGGACUCCCGGGCUGGACGUGGGUUCGUCUUCGGAACAAGAACGUUUAACAGAGCUGGAGCGAGUUGUGGAAGAUCAGAAGCAAGAAAUUGGGCGGUUGCGUCUGAGGGCCGAGACUGCGGAGGCUGAGCUUGUUCGCUUGCAGCAGUCAACGCGAAUGGUAGCAAAGUCCCGGGAGAGAGCGGAGGAGGGGCUGUUGUGUCUGGACACGAAGCAGCUGACACAGGUAUCCGCAGUCGAGAGCUUGAACUCGUGGGCAUCGCACGCCGCUUCUCCAAGGCUGCUGUCGUGUGCCGCUGACAACGGGCCUCCAUCUUCGGCACAGACAAACGCUGACUUCAAUUUCAGCUGCGCGUUCCAGCAGAAAGCUUCUUCAUGUGGUCAAGUGUCAACGUGUCCGGCCAGCCCUACAAGCCCCACAGCUUCGGCUUCGCCCAGCGCUGCAGCCGCCAGGAGAGCCCGGAUCGAGAACAUCUUCCAGCUGUGCGGGGACGGUCGCGAGAGGUGCAAGACGGCCAACUCCCCCAAGCCGCCCAAGCCCCCCGGGAACAAGUCGAGCCGUCCGUUGCGGGCGGUGGAAAAUCAAACCGCCGCAGUCAGUCCGCCGCCACCAUGCAAGCUGCGCAGGCACGGUGAAAACUUAGCGCCAUUCCCAGAGGUGCCCUAACCUGCAAUGGCUUGUGCGGUGGUGACCGGAGGCAGAGGGUUCCUGGGACGGCACCUGGUGCACAAGCUGCUGGAAUCCGGCAAAUGGGAGGUGGUGCGGAUCAUGGAUCUGGCGGCUGGCCUGGCGGUGGACGCGGAUGAGGAGAAGGCGUUGAGCGCGGCUCUGGAGAGCGGCAGGGCGCAAUACGCUGGGGUUGAUCUCCGCAAUCUCCCCCAGGUGAUUCAAGGUUGUAUGCCACGAAGCGCUUGCGUGGUUGGUUGACACGCUACGCUCUCCUCCUUUUGACUUGACAGCUCUCGAGCAUGCCACCGUUGUCUUUCA